AUGAAACGUUUGGACGUAUUUACAGGAAUGAUUGUAUCAAAAUAUUUUGCAUCUCUAAACGAUUUUAUCGCGUUUGAACAAGUCUGCACAAAAUUUAAAAAUACACUAAACAGGUUUCACAUUAAUCCAAUUCCCAUAACAAAAAAGAUGAUAAAACAUUUCCCCCAAAUAGAAACAUUAAACAUUUGGAACAAAACCGAUGAACACUUUGGUUACCAAAUUUUUACAAAAGAAAACGCCGUCUUUUCAAACAUCACUGAAUUUAAUUUCUACAAAGUAAACAUUUGGUAUCAAGUGGAAUUCGGUAUUACACAAUUCCCACAAAACAACAUUUUUGUGUUCAAAAAAGUUUGUUUAACACGAAAAGACAGAGAAUUGUUAAAAGGCGAUAUUCCCACAAAUGUGAUGUCACUAGAAACGUCUUGUUACGCUGAUGAAAAUUCUUUAACAUCCAUAACACUUCCACCAACAGUGUAUAACAUUGGAGACAACUGUUUCUUUUAUUGUAAAAAUUUGCUUGAGGUAAACAUUAGUGGAAGAAUCGAGCACAUUGGAAUGAGUUGUUUUGACAAUUGCAGACAGUUGAGUGCAGUCACUUUUCUCGUUUGUUUGGGAGAACUUCCUGAGCACUGUUUUAAUGGAUGUCGUUCGUUAAAGGAAAUCAGUGUUCCUAAAGGUAUCACAGAAUUGGGUGAAUCAUGUUUUGGUCACUGCGACAAUUUGAGUAAAAUAGUGUUACCAAACAGUCUUAAAAUAAUCUACAGAUUCUGUUUCCAAGAGUGCAAAAGUCUUAAAGAAGUGACAUUGCCACCUCAAAUUGAAAAUAUAUAUUGGAAUGCAUUUUUAAAUUGUCGGGAACUCAGUCGUAUUAACUUCCCAAAAAGCUUGAAAAGUAUUGGACAAAUUUGUUUUCAAGGAUGUGUUUCACUUAAGGAGGUCUGCUUGUAUCGUUCAACGGAGUUUUGCAAGGAUUCAUUUACGGGAAUUAAUAUUACUUUAAUCGAAUAA